UUCUCUCCCUCUGUUGAUGGUGAGCAGGGACUCAGUCUUUCUCUCCCUCACUGUCUGAGUCGUCAGGUUUUAUCUCUCUGCUCCUCUUCUCCUUCAUCUCUUGUUAUGACCCAUUUCAGGAGUGACUGCCACCGAGACAGACAAACUGGAAUGAACACCGAGCAGAGAGCCGGUCGCACCACGUCAGCCAAGAGAGGAAGCAGUGCCUCUAACAGAUCCGACUAUGAGAUUGAAUACGACAGAUACCCUGAGGACUACUAUAACAGGGUAUUCGACUACCAGCGUGUCCCAUCUUCAGUCCCAGUGGAUCCCAACCCCAUCAAGAGGCCCCGACCUUCAUCCUCCUCUUCCUCUUCCUCCUCCACAGCGGCUCUGAGGAAGAAGAGCAGCAGAGCAUCUGGCAGGACCAACAACACACUCAGCCCCGCCUCCAGCAGCAGCAAAGCCAAAUUGAAGAUGACAGAGCUCCUGGCCAUAAAGAGGGAGUUGACAGUGAUCAAGGUUCAGAUCGAUGGCCUGUUGGACCGUGUAGACAAGAUGGACAGACAGAGGAUGGACUGCUCAGAGUGUCCUCAGAGCAGGGAGCCCAGUGUGUCCGGCUCUCCUCACCGAGGUUCAGUCAGCAGUCUAGAGAGGGAAAGUCCUGAACCAGGAGAGGCCAGUGAGGAUGAGCAGCUGCACUACCAGCACUACUACCCCCACAGGAUAAAGCAGCAUCAGUCUGAUCUGGAGGACGACCUGUGAUGCUGCAGCUCAGAAACUGAUGCCUGAACCGAUAACAGCUGGGAUUGAAAUUGCUUUCGAGGAGGCGCUGGCAUUAUCAACUUCAGAUCGACCACGCUCCACAUCUGAAUCAGUCACAGUCGUUGAUGCCUUCUUAGUUCUCGUCUCUAUUCCGCAGUACAAACAAAAUCCCAUGUGUACCUGAUCUGAUGCUCCAUGCUAACACACUGACACAUGGGGCACAGUAACUUAACGUUUUACAAUGUUCCCUGUAAAGCACCAUAGAAGAAGUCUACCUUUCAGGCAGCCCUUGAGUUCAACUACAGUAAUUGCAGUUCAAGCAAUUCAUUUGACUUUAUUUCACCCUUGCAUUACUGAUGUGAUCAAAGAUGGUCCAGCAUCUUAACAUGAACAGUGUAACUUCCCAUAAGUAUCAAAUUCAUGAGCUAUGUUUGCCAGAUUUUCAGUUGUCACACAUGCACCAUCAGGCCCUGAUUCUGAAAUCUGCCAAGAGAGGCCAAAAGCAUGUACUAUACAGUACACACAUAUAUACUACAUGUCUGUGAAGGCCAUACGAUAUUUAUUCCACAGUAUGCUCAAAAACAACAGAACUAUCUAAAUCACAUUGGCCUCAUUUAUCCCUCUAAGGAGUUGCUUCCCAUGUUUUGCUCCAUUCAGAUCUAUGUUAAUAAAGUAAGUGUGGCAGCAGCUGGCGGCUCCUUAUCACACAGUUUAUUUCCAUCAGACCUGUGGUUAUUAUGUGUAACCAGCUGUGUGCAGGACUGCUGUAGCGUUCUGUGAUGAAGGCUCAAUGAGCACGCUUUUACAAAUUCACUCAGGAAAUCAGUUAUAAACUGGUAGACUCAAUUUCCUGACAUUAGUAUUAACUCUGAAAUAAAAAUUCCAAUUUAUCAACUAAAACUGUUGAGUUAAGCUAAGUGCUAGCUUUAGUGGUAAAACAGUUUGGAAAAAAUGAUCUUAUCUAAUUUUAAUGACAUAAAAUCUCACGAUAGCUGCUAAAGCGGUUACCUGUGGUUUGUUCAGCACCUGAAACUAAAUGUAUCUAAUAGUUCAGUACCUAUAACAGUUGGGUUUGCAUUAGUUCACCUUUAAUUUAUGCGUUCCACCUAAUGUCAAGAUUGCAGCAUUCAGGGACAGACAGCAUGAAGUUAUACUAUUAGUUUCAACUUUUAUCUCAAUAAAAAAAUAAGGAUAACUUUACCACAUAACCUUUGGAAAGACUAUAUUCUUUCAUCCCACUGUCACAUGAUGAUGUGCUGCGCUGCACAAACUUACGCCUGUGUACAUACAUAUAUAUGGUCCAAUCUCAAAACACUGUUAACUUUUGUUGAGUUGCCUCCAAUAUAUUUGACUUGCGUUGUUGGACAUAGUUUUAUUUUCUCCAGAUUGUGGGUGACUGACUUUGUGCCAAGCACAGCCACAAAACAAUAGUCUCAAACCACACAAGCACACAAGGACCUCUAGCAUCUUUGCCCUGCUGGAUUAUAUGGACAACUGUGACUGUACACCCAGUGCUCAUGUAAAAUAUUUGUCAGUUUGAAUAAGAAUACUUGAAAAUAUUUAUGUGUACAGUAGUGGCUCUUUAUACUUAAACAUUAUUUCAAACUUUUAAAAAAUGAUUCUAAAAUGUUUAAGAAGAAAUUAUGUAACUGAACGUACAUCAUCAUUUUGGAAACAUGACAACUCUUCAUUUGUUUUCAGUGUAGUUUCUGCUGUUGAUGUGUUUGUGUUUGUUCAGUGCUGAAUGUGAUGUAUUUUAAUG